UUCGGGAGUGUGCCAGUCUCCAUUUAAGAGUAAAUAUGUGAAACCUGUUUCAGAAUAUGACCAGACAUCAAGCAGGAAACACAGUGCCAGAUGCAAAACUUCACCUUACAGUGGAAGUCUAUGAGGAUUCUACAUGCAGAAAGGCUCUCUGUACAAUCAUCUUGAUCAGGACUCCCUAGAAGAGAAGAUUUCUGUGAAUCUCAAUGGGACCAUGACUAAAUAAAUGACAUUUUUCAGCCUCCAGAACAUCUAAUUUAGCCUAUAAACAUGUUUAUGCCGAACACAGAGCUUCAUGAUAACACACAACCGGUUCAACUCAAUCCCACAAACCCAAUUGGACCUUCUAAAACACCCGACCUAGGGGGAUUCAGGAAAAUCCGCUCCACUGGAGAACCAAUCCCAAAUCCCAUCCCAGGCCUGGCGUCAGAUGUGCUGGAAAUGCGUGUGAAGGAAGGAAGCAAAAUCCGCAACCUUUUAGGCUUCGCCAUGUCUCGAAUUGAAGGCGACGGACAGACGCAGGUUCUGUUCAGCGGGACAGGACGAGCAGUGACCAAAACCAUCACCUGCGCGGAGAUAAUGAAAAGGAAAGUGGCAGGUUUACACCAGGUGUCAAAGCUCCAGUACAGGACAGUGACAGAGGUUUGGGAGAGUCAGGAGAGUCAGAUGACCGUCCACAGAACUUUACCUUCCAUUUGUAUUCUGCUGUCCAAGGAGCCGCUGGACCCGCAUGAGCCCGGAUAUCAGCCACCCGUUGAAACGAACACUCUGUCAGAGGAACACAGACAGGUGGAUGGAGUGCAAGGAUCUGGGAAGACCGAAAAAAGACCCCUGAGUCCUUGUGAUCAUCCUGGUCUUAAACGAGCAGCUUUGGGAAAGGAUUAAACUUCAGCUCUGUGGAAGAGAUCUUAAGAUAUAAG